CAGUGACUGCAAGUGUGCUUAGGUUAGGAUGCUUGGCAAAUGUCUGCCUGAACAUUGCAAUACUCUCUCAGGAAUAUUAAAAAAAAGAAAUAAGUGUUUUUCAUAAGAACUCAGAUUGUCUGUCCAAGUCAUGGCAUCCUCUUUUAAUAGAUUGGACUUGAUCUAUUACAUUGGGUGCCUGUCUUUUAGAAAACUUCUGGAGGCUGUUGUUUUCAUUUAGCUUCUAUGCCUUGAUAUAAAUAGUUAUGUCUACCACCAGCAGAAAGAAAUCUUCUUCAUCAGUAGUAAAAUCCUAGGCCAAUUUUUUUUUGAUCCUAAUGCUUUACAAAUCAACAUGUCUCAUGAAGAGGGACCCUUUUUAUCAAGCACAAACAUUUCUGCUGUCUGAAAAUAGCUGUAUGUUAAACCUAAAGGCAGCUUCCUUCAAUCAGGAAAUUUAUGCAUUGCUGACAACGUUCUGGAGAGGUUAGAUUGUGCUUCCCAAGAAAUCUGAUUUAUGGAAAGGAAUAUUGAACUCUUGAAGGAAAAUGGAAGAAACUGACAAGACGCCACUGGCUGCCACAUCCAAAAAGUUAAUGAGUUCUGAUAUGAAGCUGGUAUGCACAGACGUCAAAAAGAAGUUCUCCGAAAUGAUGAAGAAUGCCGAACAACAUAAAGAACCAUUCGAAGAAGUUGAACAAGUGAUCCUAGAAGUUCAGCAACAUAUCCAUUCUUUGGAAGGGGAAUUAAAGACUUCUACGCUCACUGAUCCAAUAUGCAGGAAAGAAGCUCCUUAUAAGCUCCUUAGAGUUGGCGGUGGUUUGAAAAAAGAUAAGUCAGAAAGUUGUUUCAGAAUGCAGAUGUUCUCAGAUAAAAAGGAAAGGUCAUUCAACAAAUGGAAUGAAAAGGAAAAGUCGUAUCUUACUGCAAAGGGAACAAAAUCUAUAAAAAAUAAAAAAAUGCCCGAUUCCUCAGUUCUAGAUGGAUCUGAUGAGGAGUCAGAAUCACACUCUCAUACAGAAAAGGUCCAUAAACUCAACAAGGAGAAUACAGAGAAGGCAAACAAGUUUCUUGUUCAGAGAAAUUCCCCCAAAUCUUGUGACUCUUAUGAGUCUAAAGAGUGUGCAGAGCGACGUCAUAGCAACAGUUGGAAAAGUUCUCUGCAGAAGACCUCAGGAAAAAGUCCAGUGGAGGUGAAUGCAAAUGAAGCCAAACAAAGUCAAAAUUACCCAGAUACAGAAGGUGAUGAUCCAAGAUUUGGGAAGAAGCCUGAUGGAUCUCAAGGAAGUCCAGGGAAUGUAGGAGAAGUUGACAAAAGAAAAUAUAUUCCCAGGGAUGAAAAAGCAGAAGUAUCAGAAAAAACAUCUCAAAGAAAAAAAUCAAUAGAAGAUGCAGAUAUCAAGCAUAAAGAAAAGGAAAAGGCUUCAUUCCUUCUGAAAGAUGUGCAAACCACCAGCAGCAAGUGUCAUGUGAACAAGGGAAGUCUCCCCAAAGAUAUCAACAAAAAGAGCAGAGGGGAUGUAGCAAAGGCCAGCGGUGGACUUAAACCAAAAGAAGCCGCGAAGCCAAAAACAACAGAACUUGCCUUACCUGGAAAAACAGUUGCAUCUAAAUCAACAGCUGCCAACAAGAACAAAGUGAAGCAAGAAACUUCAAAGGGGGAUAAUUUUAUAAUUGAUAACAUACCAUCAACCCCUGCUCCUUUUGAUCACAGGGUCAUCAAAACAAAAAGAUCUGGGAUUGGUAGCUUCUAUCAAAUCUUCAAGAAUGAAGUUUUAGGAGGUGGACGAUUUGGCCAGGUGUAUAAAUGUGAAGAAAAGGAGACAAAUCUCAAAUUAGCAGCCAAAAUUAUAAAAGCCAGGAAUGUAAAGGAAAAGGAUGAAGUGAAAAAUGAGAUUAAUAUCAUGAAUCAGUUGACCCACGUGAACAUCAUUCAGCUGUAUGAUGCUUUUGAAUCAAAAAAUGAUGUUGUCCUUGUUAUGGAAUAUGUGGAAGGAGGAGAACUGUUUGAUCGGAUUCUUGAUGAGAACUCCAACUUGACGGAGAUGGAUGCCGUAUUAUUCAUAAAGCAAAUCUGUGAAGGGGUUCAGUACAUGCAUCAAAUGUAUAUUCUCCAUUUGGACUUGAAGCCUGAGAAUAUCUUGUGUGUGAAUCGAGAGGAAUAUCAAAUAAAGAUUAUUGACUUUGGGCUGGCAAGAAGGUACAAACCAAGGGAAAAACUUAAGAUUAACUUUGGCACUCCAGAAUUUCUUGCUCCUGAAGUUGUGAACUAUGAUUUUGUUUCUUUUCCUACUGAUAUGUGGAGUAUUGGUGUCAUUGCCUACAUGUUGAUUACUGGAUUAUCUCCUUUUCUGGGUGAUGAUGAUAAUGAGACUUUGAACAACAUCCUGGCUUGUAGGUGGGACUUUGAAGAGGAAGAAUUUCAAAAUGUGUCUGAAGAAGCCAAAGAUUUCAUCUCUAAGCUUCUUAUCAAAGAAAAAUGCUGGAGAAUAAGUGCAGGUGCAGCUUUAAAACACCCUUGGUUGUCCAACCAAACACUCCAUUGCAAACUGGAAGCUAAGAAGAAGAAGAAAUGUCCCUCUUAAGCACUUGUGGUUCCAUAACAUCUCUCAGAACUGAAAGGAGAAGCUGCUGUGUAAUCACUGCUUUUGUGACGUUUGGAAACAUAGAUGAGUUGUUCUGAGGCUUCUCCUUCCUCUCCUACUACUCCCCGAGAUGACUUGAGAUUUUUUACUAAGUGGACCAACAACCACUUGAGCUGCAGGAUUUACACCCCAAUGGUGCUGAGCUACUUUCUUCUUCCCCUGCUUUCUUUCAGCCUUCGGGGUCAACUGGUAUUUCCAGGAAAGAAUGCCAUUUGAAGACAGUACUAAUUUGUGCUUGAGAUUGGUAUCUUUGCUUACAGUCAGUGGUGAUGUUUCUGGUGUUUCCAGAAGUUUCAGCUGUUGGAAGUAUGGUGAGAUGAUCAGAUUCCUGCACAGCUCAGCAACAGAGGUUGACUUUGAUUUUGUGAUGGCUGCUUUCAAAACUACUGCAUUGGAAAACAUGCUGUUAGAAAACAAUGGGGCAAAAUUAUGUAUAAUGGUUCAGAGAAGGUGGUCUCUCUUUUUCCUGCAAACAGAGAAUGACACUGCUAUCAUCACGCAUGAACAACAUGACAAGAUAUUCCCUGGAAUGUCUUCUCCACGCCUGCUGCUAACAUAUAGUAAUAUUCUAAUAUUUGUUUAAAGUGGGAACUUUUGAAAAAGUUGCAUUUGGCAAGGAUGGAUCUCGAAUGCUGGUUUUUCUUUCAUUUUGUUUGAAUUUGAUAGCUUGUGAAUCUUCUUCAUUGUCUCUGAAUGUUUCUAUUUAAAAUUGCCACAGGUAAAAACAAAUGGACUCUCCUAGUUUCUGAAAGCUGGUGCAGUGAAGGGUUGGGAGUUUGCAAAUGGGAACUGUGAAUAGGUAGAAAUUUCCCUGGUGAUCUCGGGCAACAAGCUGUCUUUCUGCUUUAGUUCCCUAAGUGUUUGCAAAGGGCAUUGUGGGGUGGGGUGGGGUGGAGGAGUCAGGUGGAGAGAGUUGGGCAAAGGGAGCUAAAGAUGUCACAUGCUUCCUGAUAUCAUUAUGCAAGUGAAGGAACAUGAUCUGUAUACUUUGUGAAAUGACAUCAUACUGCAUAUGACAUCUUGUUGCAUGUACUGGAUGAUGGGCUCAGCCCAUCAUCUCAACAUUAUUCUAGUUUACAAAUCCAGGUGCUGCCUGCAAACAGCUUUGUGGGUCUCAACACAAGAAACAUUUUACAGACACGAAAUAAUAGGCAAACACAAUAAGUUAUACUAGAAUUUUGCCAAAGGAACAAUAAACUAAAUUGAGUGAAGAAUUAGUGGCACAGAGAUAUAAUUGUCAGUGGUUCUCUUAUUUACAAUUAUUAGAAAGAUUUCAAGUAGACAAAAGAAUUUAUAGUUUUGGACAUUGUAAGCCUGAGUCUGAAACAGAACUGCACCCAAAUUAGUUUAGUAAAGCAAUUGUUAAACAUAUAAGUGUUAAUUGACAUUUGAAACUGAAGAAAAGAAAUGAAAGAAAUGAUAAAGUGGACAAAAAUGUUGGGUAAAAUACACAGAUGGAAUAAUGGGAAAAUACAUUGCUGAAUGGUUUGAAAUAUACUUUAUGUUAUAAUCUUAAAGUGAUUUUUAUAAAAUGAUGUACCAUAAAUAUAUGUACUGUUGAGAUAUCUAUCUAUUAUCUAUCUAGCUAUUAUCUAUCUAUCUAUCUAUAUCUAUCUAUCUAUCCUUCAAAUUUAUAUGAGAAGCAUGAACAAGAGGGGACAUUUUAUCAUGUUUAGUGGAUAUGUAAAAAAGCUAGAAAAUUCUGGAUCCAAACUCAUACAUUGAUUCAGCAGAUUUUCAAGAUUAAUACACAAUUGAAACCAGAGGGGUUUUUUUUUUUGAGAGGGAUUGAUAGAUAAAAGUUAUGGAAUGUUGUUCUUGUACAGUAUAAUUGCAGUAUGCACAAAAAAUGAAAUAUAUGGCAUUAUCCCAAUGGAAGGGUGGUUGAUGAAGGUGAUGGAACUUGCCAAGAUGGCUAAAUGGACUUCUUUGAUUAGGCAGAAUAUCUAUGUUUGUUGCUAACUGGAACCUUUAUAGAUUUUUUUUGUGUAAAACAGAAAAAAAAUGAAGUUAUGAUUUAUGGAUUGAAUGAUUAGACAGAAUGGAUUACAGAAAGAAGUCAGUUAUGUUGUAAUCAUACAGAAAGAGGUAGAUUGAACAUUGUACUGCUGUAAAGAAGAUUGGAAGCUACUUCUUUGUAUGUUUUUUUCUUUCUUUUCUAUUUUUCUUUUACCUUUUUUCCCUUUC